AUGAGGAGCUUAGAACUUAAUGCCAAUUAUAUGGGAGGAAGCACAGUGUGGAGAGCCAAUGAGAAAGGGGAUCUUGAAUUCUGGUUGGGGAAGACUACUGAAACUAACAAGAUCUGGGAGAGGCCUAAAGACGACAAAGUUAUAACUGUCAGCUGGAAUCUGAUAGCAGGCAUCCAGUGCCACACUGAGACUAUGGAACGGCACUGGCUAGAAGCAAGAUUAACUCAGAAGGAAAAAGGCAAAGGCCGCUCCUCCAAACAAAAGACAACAGCAGUGUCUGCUGUUGCUCUACAGGAUCGCAUAAUACGCAGUCAUCAGUUCCAGGACCUUUCAUUAACAGAUCCUUUUAAGUCAAGGACAAGGAAUAUCAACAACAUUUACAAACCUGUGAACAAAGAAAUGGUCAGAGAAGUAGUAGAUGCAGGACUAAGAAAAAAGACCACUGGCCACAAAACCAAGGAAGAUGCAGAUAAAGGAGUAUAUGUUCUUGAUCCCAGUCCUCCACAGCUAACGCUAGCUCAGAAAUUAGGCCUGGCUGAGCCUCCUUCCUUGCCACUAAUUGCUGAAUGGGUAAAAAUAAAGCUGUGAUCCAUACAGCACAGAUAUUCCAUACAGCCUUGUGCAAUAUGAAUAGAAGAAUUAGCACUUCAACGUCAGGUGCUGCUUCCAUGUUCCCACGUAUUCCACAGAGCAUGCCUGAAAGCCUUUGAAAAAUUUACAGGUAAAAAGUCUUGUGUCCUCUUGUGUAGGAAAGAGCAGUAUCAGACCAGAGUAAUACAUGAUGGGGCAUGCUGUUAGGUAAGCCUUACUUCUUCUACAGAGAACAAAUGGAGUGCAAAAGUUUAUAAACCAAUAAAGUUUAAAGAAACAGUGCCUCCUAAAGAUAGGAAAUUAAGAAAGCAAUUCUUUGAGAAAAAGCUUUCUGAUGAAAACACAACAGGCCUGUCAAAGUAUGAGACCAAUAUAAAUGAAGACCAAGCAUAA